AUCUACACAUACAACCUUCUCCCAGAGUCAGAGAUGUAUCAAAGGACAGCAGCCACACAAGUCGUAUGCGCCGACGAACUGCGUCAAGUCCUUCUGGCAUUCAACUGUUUACAACAAGCAACUGCGACCUUGAUCUUGAACCUGCUUCAUCAGCAUCGACCAUCUGAGAGAUUUGACGAGAUCUGGGAAGCAGAGUACGAUGACAGUCUUGGAAACGAGUUCUAUAUCUCAUAUCUAAACCCAAUCUUUGACGGAAAGCCCUUCGGAUUCGUAUCUUGGUUCCUGUACCGAAGAUUUCAGGUCAUUCUGUUCGGAGUGCGUAUCCGACUCCAGUCUGGCGAGUAUCAUACAGCUUUAAACCCA